AUGCCCGGUACAGCGAGGCACGACCGAGACAUGGCAGUCCAAGCCAAAAGAAACCUGGCCAAAACCACAGACCCAAUUGAGAGGCUUCGGCUGCAGUGUCUAGCAAGGGGGUCUGCAGGCAUCAAAGGACUUGGCAGAGUAUUUCGGAUUAUGGAUGACAACCAAAACAGAACCCUUGAUUUCAAAGAAUUCUUGAAAGGGUUAAAUGAUUAUGCCGUGAUGAUAGACAAGGAAGAAGCUCAUGAGCUUUUCAGGAUCUUUGAUAAAGAUGGCAACGGAACAAUAGACUUUGAUGAAUUUCUUGUAACGUUAAGACCUCCAAUGUCUAAUGCCAGAAAAGAGGUCAUCAUGCAAGCAUUUAGGAAGUUUGACAAAACCGGUGAUGGUAUUAUAACCAUUGAAGACUUACGGGGGGUGUAUAAUGCAAAGCAUCAUCCCAAAUAUCAGAAUGGAGAAUGGACAGAAGAUCAAGUUUUUAGAUCCUUUCUAGAUAACUUUGAUUCACCGUAUGAGAAAGAUGGGAAGGUUACAACAGAAGAAUUCAUGAACUACUAUGCAGGAGUCAGCGCUUCAAUAGACACUGAUGUCUAUUUCAUUAUCAUGAUGAGAAAUUCUUGGAAAUUCUAA